UAUAUUUUUUCUCUGAACGAUGGAUCACUGAAAUUGCUGUACAUCUGCAAGCGUGAGACUAUAUUCCCUUCGUUCAUUGCAAAUGGAUUCACGCAGCUACCUUACCAAAAUAAUCGCGAUGUCCAAUCAAGGAUUCUGAGACUGAAAACUGCUCUUCUUGAUGCAGCUAUUGCUGAACGCCGUCGCAUGAAGUCAUUCUUCAUAUGCGGAAUAACCUCCAAUCGAAAUCGAAUUCGUCUGAGUUCCGAUGUUUGGCAGAUAAUGUCCUCAGAAAAUCAGCGAACAUGCAACCGACUACGUGAAGGUCAAGCUCGCCUAACCACGGUUCUUCACAGCAAAUGCUGUCCCCCUACACGACAUGUGGUUAUAGGAACAAAUGAAGUGGAUAGUGAUAUGGCCGCAGCCCUAAAUCUAGGGCAGUCAUUUGCAAUCACACCAAGGGUAAAUAAUUCAGUGAUGGACGCAGCGCUCUGUGGAGUUCAUCAAUUUGCAUAUCAACUACGCUGGAGGACACAUCGUGGGCCAACCGUGCUUAACCACCAUGGAACUUUGAUGUCGUCGAUGCCUUUCAGAGGCGAAUCCAUACAAAUACCCCUGUCGACACGUGACAUUGACGCAAAAAUAGCCAAUCUCGAGCAUAACAUCCAAUCGCAACGCUAUGAUAAUUUAACAUCAACUGAACGAAGAGGAGUGAGAAAACUACUGCAAAGGAAGAGUGUGUUGAGGAUUACAGUGGGCGACAAAUGUGACACGACAGUAUACGAGGAGAGUACUUCUUCGGCGUUUGAAACAGUAUGCAAGAGAGUGAAAAAAGUCAUUAUGGGUGAAGGAUCGUAUGGGCUUACAAAUGGCAAAACGACUGCAUGGGAUGGUACCUACAGUGCCAUCUCUCUACAACCUAGUGAAAAGGCGCAAAAUUCCACCAACGGAGACACAAUGUCACUUUCAUUAAGCAAAAUUAAAACGAGACCGAUUAUCGCAUCAUGUGGUGGUCAGGCAGAUAGGCUGAGC